UUUCUCCUGGUGUGUCUGCUCCACCGCCCGAGCUAAUCCCCCAAAUCCGGUCUCCUAAGCCGCAGCUGCUUCCCUUCGCAGUGAUGAAUGGCUCGGGGAGGGAAGAUCUUCUCUGGUGAGCAGCCCCCAGCCUGGCCCAGGGCAUGCCCCAGUUCACUUUCGCUUGCUUCUGUGGCCUCCACGGUUUCUGCAAGAUGAAGAGGAAGAAGGAAGAAGUUCACAGAGAGCGGGAAACGGUGGUGUGAGCGGAACCAGGGCCCCUUCUUCAGCCCCCAGCAGGUCCUAGGCCUGAGGCGCCCGCUCCUGUCUGAGGCUUGGAGCAGGAAGUUUCCAUCUGGCCAGGGCUCUUCUCAGGCAACCCGACCACCUGACCCCGUCUAACCUGCGAGCUUCAGCCUCCUGUGUGCCCUGGCCUCCUCCUGCCCCUGGGUUUCCAAUCCUGAGACCUCCCUGGAGAGAGGCCCCAGUCACACCAGGGGAAGCCCAGGACCUGCCAUGUGCCUUCCAGAGACUGAGAAGCCCCAUGGAGGCCCCAGGAACGGAGCUUCUUCCUGUCCUGAGGUCCCGAGGGCUCUGGGACUCUGCUCAGGGUAACCGCUCCCAUGAGGGACACGUUGCCUUGGGCUAGGGGAGCUGUUGCUAAAUGGGAAACUGGCUGCUCUGCCAGAGAAACUCCCAGCAGCCUUGACCGUGGCAGAGGCCUCAGGCAGGUAGACGUGUGAGACAGACCCGCUCCAAGCCCGGGAUGGAGUCUCUCCCGGGAUGCCAGAACCUGAGGUGGGAGCCUCCCCAGAGCCCAGAGCCAAGUCCACAGGAAUGUGGCCGGGAGAUGAGUCCUUUACCGUCUGUCCCCUCCCGGCGUCCCUUUGGGCCAGGCCUGAGGGAGGCCACCUGGCUGUGAGUAACGUGGCCGUGCAGGGACAGUGGGAGGCCGGGCAGACGCCUGUCCUCGCCUUGCCCCAGCUCACAGCAGGCUCUGUGUCUCCCUCGGCACUGCUCUCUCCCACACUCCAGAUAGCAGCCUUCCCUCCAGCCUGGCCUCUCUGCCCACUCAUCUCCACUGUGUCUCCUCGGCAGCAGCUCAGAUGUGGGCAGCCUCUUUCCCAGGCCCUGACUCCCCUCCUCAGGGACUGCCUUCCAGAGCCAGACCGGGGGAUCCCUUUCCGGGACUAAACUGAGCCCUCCCUUUGUUCUCCCAUCUCCUUGCCUCACUCACCUGCCCCUUCCUUCUCUUCUCAGAAGCCAUAGAGGGGGAAAUGCUGGCAUGUGGUGCCUUUAGGGGACACUCUGGGAGGAGGGGGCCCUCUAAGACUUUCCUUGACUUGUUCCCUAAUCUCCUUACCUCCAGCAAACUUCAGGGUCAGAAUCUGUCCCCACUCCCAGCCUAUUUCCAGGAGGUAGGAAGCAAACAAAAAACCAUUUCCUUCCUUCGCUUCCUUCCUUGCCUCCCAUUUUGAUGAAACUCGGCCUUCUGUCACUGUGCCUGGACCUCUCAGGUGCUCGAGGGUCACACAGCAAUGCCAGUGGCAGAGACACUUUAGGCAGAUUCUGUAGCUUUAGCAAGUCUGCCCUCUACUUCAUCACAGGAACAAUUCAGCCCAGGAGCAAAGUCACAUCCCCUCUGGCAUCCAGGGACAGAAUAACCUUUCUGAAACAUAACAAGUGACCUGGGUAGAGGAGGUCAGGGCCCCAGGACAGGAGGGGCUGUGUACCCCUCUCCUUGAAAUGUGGACCUCUCUGGGUAGUUAGGGAGGACAGGACACCUCCUCCACUGUUUCAUCCAGAAGCAAGGGCACAUUCUAUCCUGGCAGCCUUUGCCUGUCUCCCUCAAGCCCCACACUCAGGGGCAUUUCCUGGGCUUUUGGCAGAUUUGGUGGUAUCCAGGUCCUCUUUGCAAAGCUAGAGCACAGCUUAAGAUUUCUCUCCUCCCAUCCUCCAACCCACUUCUUUGCCCUUACUGCCCAGCCCCUGCCUUCUGCAAUCUGUUAUUUCCUUUUAUAUCCAAAGAAUUAUAAACAGAAGUCCUUCCCUCGAGGAAGGAGCAAUAAAGGCCAGUGGGGUCACAAGGGACAGAAGAAAAACCCCCUGGUUCUUCAGCCUCUUGGACAGUAGAGGCCUCGGUGAGGCAAAGAGAUGGGCAGAAACGCUUUCAUGGGUCCCUUGAUAGGUGGGAGAGCCCACCUGGAGGCCAGGUACAUCUCUAGCAGUUGCCUGAGAGGCUGCAGCCCCAGCGAAGUCACUCCUGUGGUGGAGGAUGAAAUUGUAACCCUGGAGACAGAGGUGUUGGGUAUUCUGUCCUGACCACAUGGGCUCACCUGGAGGAAAGGUCAGGAGAGUGGGAAACAUAUGCGGGAGGGGUGGCGAACGAGAGCUUUCCCCUGUGCUCUCAGGCUUGGCAGGGAUUUCAGCUGCAGGGGUUUGGCAGUGAUCCAGUUCAGAGAGCUGCUUCCCCCAGGGGAACUCCAUUGGCUCUGGAGGGAUACUGGAUAUCUUGAGCCCCUGCUAUGGGAACAUAGAGAGGUCCCAAGGUCAAGGCCCAGCUGUACCUGCAGACAGCUGCCCUUGGCCUCCAAGCUGUGGCCCCUUUUUCAUCCAGGGCUAAGGUUGAGGCCAACACUGCAGCUGAGUAGGAGGCGGCAGCAGCUUCUAGCCAACUCACCCGACAAUCUAUCGUCCCUCAGUUUUCUUUUCAGGGAAAUGGGGACUUGGCUCCUCUCAGCGUCUCAAACGGGAGCCCAGGGGAGAAGUUUAACCCAAAAAGGCAGAAGCAGCCCCCGCAUCCACAGACCAUGUGCCCCAAGCACCUGACUUGUAGCCCAGGCUUUUCUUCCUCCCGUUCCUUUUAGGGGCUGGGAGUGGGGUCUGGCUGCCUUGUUUCCUGCCCUGAGUCUCACUCCUUCCCAGAGGUCAGGUUGGACUGUUUUGUCCUCCCUGUUUCUAAUUCCCUCCACUCCAAUGUUCUCUCCCAGACCCUGCCUUGAGGUGGGGACCAGGAGCUCCAGGGGUGAGGCAGGUGGCAACAUGAGUAGAUGAUUCUGAGGAGGGGUCGGGCCUCCCGGUCUUGCUGCGUGGCACUGAGUCCUCCUCGCAGACAGGUGAGACGGCUUAGUUUCCCCAUCUAUAAAAGGGAGAACUCCCCCGGCUUAUUUCCCCUCUACUUAUGUGGGCUGUUAUGUAGCGGGAUAAAGAGAUGUGAAGGGUGCUUGAGGCUCUUAUGACUUGAGUGUUGUCUGGGACCCUGGCUGGAGGCAUCCCGAGGAGCUUCUUGUCUCAGGUCUUUUUUUAUUAGAAUGUCAUUUCCUUCUCCAUUCCCAGAGAAGGGCUUUUUGCAUGUAGCAUAUGGGUCAAUGGGAAUAUAUAGGGAGAUUGUUAUUUUUGGAAAAAAAAAAAAAAAAAGCAAUAAUUUAACUAACCGAAAUAUGCACGAGGUAGCACAGUGGCAAGAGCAUUGAGCUGGGAACCAGCUCUCCUGGGUUCUAGCCCUGCUUCUCACUGACGAUGGCAUAACCUUAGGCUAAUUAUAUCCUAUUUCUGGGAUUCAGUUUCCUCAACUAUAAAGAAGGGACUGCACUAAUGUCCUCUAAGUCCCCUCCAGAGUCCAGGGCUCUGUGGGUCUGGGAAGUUGAACCUCAGUGGGGCUCAAAGCUAUGGAACCAGAGGGGUUGCAGGUUUCCUGUGCCCCAGCUGGUGUGCUUUGUGCAUGCAGCAAAUGUGCGGGGAGGGUGGAUGGGAGUGACAUGGUAGAUCCAAGAAAGGGUGGGAGGAGUGAGAAGGAAAACCAAGGCACCCAGAGCUUCUCCUGCUAGAAUCCUACCCAGCACUCCCUGCUCAGGGAACCAGGAUGCCCUGAAGUUCUGUCUCUCCUUCUUGUAGCCAGGACUCCAAUUCCAGGCCCUGUUGGGGCCAAGCCAAGUGCCACUUUUGUGCACGGUCUCUCUUAUACACACACACACACACACACACACACACACACACACACACACACACACACCCCUUGCAGAUGGAACUCAAGGACCCGCUCCCUGCCCCAGUUUAUGUAACCCUUUUGCACAGCUGCUGGUGAGCCCAUCUCCAAGCUGACUGACCCACCCCACCUUAUUACCUUGCCUUCUGCAAGGGGAAGUGCCUCAGGCUGCAAUCUGCUGUCUACAGACUGAAUGUGCAUUUAGCCCGGUGGUCUGGGAUGUGCCGGCGGUGGGAUGGGCUGAUGACAGUCUUUGGAUAGAGAGCUGCAGCCCCCAGUCUCCCAGAGCUCCGCCAUGGCUGACUCCUGACCUUGGCAACUUGCUUCCUCUCUCCCAGCCUCUAUAAAAGGUGGCGACAAGACCCAUUUCCUCCCUACCUCACAGGAAGGCAUACAUUGCAAGGGUAUAUUGGAUCAGAUGUGCCCCGGUGUGGCUUGAACUUUUGGAAACAGACACAAGUGUCUUCCACAACCAUGAAGAUGCGCUUGCACCAGAGAAGAAAAUCUCAGGCUGCUGUGUUUGGUGGGCUCCUUGCAUGCUGGCCCAGAAAGCGUGGUGUUCACCCUGAAGGUGGCUGCUGUGUCCAGCAGGUGAUGGGGCUGACACCACGAGAACCAAGAACCAGAAGCUGUUCCCAAAGAGUGAAUGCUCCAUCCCUUGGACACAAAAGCAAGAGCAAGAGAUAGCUGUCCCCGCUGUAACCCUGUUCCCAAUACAAACAGCUCCCUAAGGCCAAGUUGUGAACAAUGGAGGAACAUGGGAGUUAAUCCUCUGUCCCUCAGGCCAUACUCCCAAGUCAGUGCGCACUGUGCUGGGCUGUUGUGGCCAGUCCUAUCUGGGAUCGGAACCACAGACCAUGAAGACUAAACAGUGACCUUGGCUGUUCACAGGGGAGCCCAGGAUGUCAGGACCAUCCACCAGGAGGGUGAAGUGUGGGGGGUACCCUGGACAUCCCUGGAUGAACUUGUUAUACUGAGGAAGAAAUUCUAAAACCCAGGAGCCCCAAGACUUGGCAGCCCAGGCUCUGGCAGAAGCCUCAGGCUUUGGAGUUCAAGUGUUUCCUAGUGGGUUACUGGUCUGUCUCCCUCCCCUUGGGCAGCCUUCCCUUCUCCCUCAGCUCAUUCCUGUGUUCCAUCCGAGAGGCGGGAGGAAGGCUGAAGGGGAAGAUGGCAGGACCCAGAGAUCCUCAGGACUCUCCCAGCCUUCGUUGCCAUGGCAACACUGCUAUUUUUAUCCCAUUGUUCAUGAUGCUCAAAGGUCUGACUUUCUCUGUUCCAGAGAGGCCAGGCUGGCUUCUGCCCUCAUCCUUCAAUGCAGUACCUUCUCCCAGAGGCCUGAGAGGGGAAAAGAGUAAUGGAGGAAACAGGAACCCACUGGGUCACCCCUCAACCAGGGGAACUGUCUGACAGCGGUUUGCCUCUGCACUUUUGAGCCUUUGGUUUUCUAGUGGCUUAGGUGCUCACUUUUAUGUUUUUAAGGAGAGCAAAACUCCCCAUCGUCUUCCUGAUAGUCUGCUCCAGAGAAAAAAGGAAGAGCUGCUGCUUGCAAUGAGUUUUUCCCACAAAGCUAUGGCACUGGGGCUGCUGCCCUUCUUGGGAAAACCAGAGCUGGUUCUGAAGAAUGUCCUGUUGGUACAAGCCAACCCCUGGCCCCUUGAAGGGGGCUGGAGAGCUAAGUUUGUUUUAUUAGUAAUCAGAUAUACUUAACAUCACUAGGGAACCUAAACUGGUACCGCCCUUUCCUUUGCCCCUCUACCAAAGAACUGGGGCAGCUGGGCUUCCUUCAUGCCUUUGUCCAGUUUUUAUGCCCAAAGCCAGUUAGCAUAUAUUCUCCAGGCCGGAGAGCAGACUCAUGGGUUUCUCUCCUUCCCUCCCCCCACCACCCAACAGCCGUUUCUCUCCAGAGGCUUGAGGUCUUAAACUUUGAUGACGCUCUUGAAGGCAGGGUUUAAUGAAAGGAUUUCUUAGCCUCUCUCCCUGGCCCAGCCUCUGGUCCUCUCCCUAUGCACCACCCACCUCAGUGGCAAGGUACCCCUGAGAUCCAAUGGUGCUAACCUUCCCCACCUAUAUGCUUUGAUGGUCAGUGAGAUUUGAGCCCAAUAGCUGGGGUGGUUGGGUUCGGAUGGAGCAUUUCAUGCAUGUCCUUAAGACCAUGACCCUGGAGACAGGUCCAGGUCUUAACCCAAUAAAGUACAAUCAUAUUGUGUCGGGCUCCUGCACUGAGGUGAACUGACUCCUGGAUGGCUAAUUUUUCUAGGGGGGCUGGGACCCAUUCACCAAGCCUCUAAUUGGUUUCAUUUUGGCUCAAGAUGCAUGGUUUCCGAAAUCUAUGCACCUGGAGUAAGCGCUUUUCUGGUUGCCUCUA